CUCUCUCUCUCUCUCUCUCUCUCUCUGAAGGGAAGUAAAGAUUGAAUGCACUGAGCUUUCAAAAAAUCAGCUAACUUGGCCUCCUGCAAUGCGGGAAAGCCGUCAGCCACGGUGGCGCUGAGUUGGAUCACCGCCCGAUCACCACGAUGCCUCUCCUAGUCAUCCUUCUUGCUCUCACCGCCUUCCUUCCUGUCAGCGCAGGCCAAACUAUCUCCUCUUCCACUGAUCUCGCCGCUCUCUACAGCUUGCGCGCCUCUCUCUCCCUCCGCGCACGCGACUGGCCACGUGGCGCCGACCCAUGCUCAAGUUGGACUGGCGUUGGCUGCGACGCUUCCGGUCAUGUGAUCUCUCUCAACCUGCACGGCCUUCGUCGAACCCGGCUCGGUCGCAUGAAUCCCCGAUUCGCCGUCGACGGGCUUAAUAAUCUCUCCUUUCUCACCUCCUUCAACGCCACCGGCUUUUCCCUCCCCGGCCCAAUACCGUUCUCGUUCGGUCGCUUGAACCCCGAACUCGCCGUCGUUGACCUCAGCCACGCGUCUGUCUCCGGCGAAAUACCCUCAUCCCUCGGAAACCUCUCUUUACUUGUUUCGCUGGAUUUGAGCUCUAAUUUACUGAUCGGAUCUUUGCCUGAUAGUUUGAAGAACUUAAAAAGCUUGAAAAAUUUGAACUUCGGUAGCAAUUUACUAACUGGUUCUAUAAAGGGUGAAUUUUUCUCAAGUCUUUCGAAGCUGGAAUCAGUUGCAUUGUCCCGGAAUAAAUUCUCUGGUUUGAUUCCUGGUUCUGUUUUCUCUUUGCCAGAGAUAAAGUUUCUUGAUGUUUCAUACAAUAAUUUCACUGGGAAUCUGCCAGAUUUCUCUGUGGCAAAUUUUAGUCACACCGGUAUUGAAGUUGAUCUGUCGCAUAAUCUUUUGUAUGGUUCAAUCACUUCCCAGUUUUCUAUCCUGUCAUCAAGAUUCAAUUUUGUAGAUAUAUCUAACAAUUAUUUUCAAGGUUCAGCACCGUUUGACAAAAAUAGUAGACAUAUCUCUAUUGCUUCUAAUUGCUUUCUAAAUGAUUCAAGCCAGAGAAGCACAACUGAGUGUGAGCAAUUCUACCGUGAGAGAGGCAUACCUUAUGACGGAAAAGUGAAUUCGAAGAGCAAGAAGACAUGGAAAUAUAUUUUGAUCGCAGUUGUUUGUGGAACUGCUCUCCUUGUAUUCAUUUUAACUUCGAUUGUGCUGUUUAUACUGCAAUGUAGAGUUCAUUCAGCUGGGCAGGAGAUGAAUGUGGAUGCUGUUGCCACUUAUACUCAUGACGGAGGCCCGGCUCAGCCUUCUCAGUUAUCUUUCAAAUCGCCUAAUACUGGAGAGGUCUUCACAUAUGAGCAGCUGGCCUUCGCAACCUCAAAUUUUAGUGAGGAUAACCUCAUCAAGCAAGGUCAUUCAGGUGAUCUGUACAAUGGAGUUUUGGAAGAUGGGAGUCCAGUAGUUGUGAAAAGGAUAGAUAUGAACAAUGUGAGGAAGGAAGAUUAUUUGGUUGAAUUGGAUUUGUUUGGUAGAUCUUCGCACGAGAGAUUGAUUAGCCUUUUGGGGCAUUGCCUGCAGAAUGAGAAUGAGAAGUUCCUGGUUUAUAGACAAAUGCCACAUCGCGACUUGUCUAAUGCCCUUUACAGAAAGGCUGAGUCGGAAGAUGAUGGAUUGCAGUCAUUGGAUUGGAUAACCAGGUUGAAGAUUGCAAUAGGUGUGGCUGAAGCUCUUUGUCAUCUGCAUUUUGAGUUUACACCACCAUUAGUUCAUAGAGAUAUCCAAGCCAGUAGUAUUCUUCUUGAUGAUAAAUUUGAGGUGCGGCUUGGAAGCUUGAGCUAUGUAUGUGCUGAAGAAGGAGAUGACCAUCAGAGUGUCAUAUCGAGAUUAUUUCGGUUUUCACAGACAUCCGAGCAAAAUGCCCCAGGCUUGCCAGUAGCCUCAUGUUCUUAUGAUAUAUACUGCUUUGGCAAGGUUCUGCUUGAGCUUGUCACAGGCAAACUAGGCAUAAGUGCCUCCAAUGGCGCUUCAACAAAUGAUUGGCUUGAGCAAACUCUACAAUACAUUGACAUCAAUAAAAAAGAUCUCAUUACAAAAAUUAUAGAUCCAUCACUCAUAAUUUACGAAGAUCUCUUGGAGGAGGUGUGGGCGAUGUCAAUCAUAGCGAGAUCCUGCCUCAAUCCUAAGCCUUCUAAACGCCCCAACAUGAAAUACAUUCGUAAAGCGCUCGAGAAUCCAUUGAAAGUGGUUAGAGACGAUAGCAAUUCAGAUUCAACAAGAUUUGGAGGUUCUUCAUCGCGAAGAUCAUGGAAUGUCUUUGGGAGUUGGCGGCAUAGUUUGAGAGAUAUAGCUUCAGGCUCGGUGCCGCCAAGGAAUGGUGGAGAGUUCUCCUCCUCUCGCAGGAGACUGCCUAAAGAGAUUGUACCUGAACCACUUGGCAUGGAGUAUUUAGAUUGAGAUGUUUUUUUGAAUUUUUUGACUGGAAAUUCUUUGCAGGCUCCCUAUUUGUGUGCCUGGAUGUAAUCAGCAGCUGGGGCAUGCAGGCUUUAGUUCUGCUUGUCUUAAAGAGCUCGGAUUUGAUUUGAUUAAAGAUUAAUUCUUUAUCCUU